AUGGUUAGGUUAGGAUUAGGUUGUCGAAUCCAUAGGUUAGGUUAGGAUUAGGUUGUGAAAUUUUUUAUAGAUUAGGUUAUAGGUUGCCAAAUAUUGGCAACCUGCAGGGCUCUGCUCUAUAUCGCUAAAUGAAAUUGAACGUUUCAUAAUAUUCAAUAAAAUAUAUUUAUGUCAGACGCAUACUAAAUCUUUUUAACAUUCCACAUCAUUUUCAUAUAAUGCUACUUAUAAAAGUUUAUUUCAUCAGAUUGUAACGAAGAGAUUUUGAUAAAAGUAUAAGUUACGAAGAGUUUUUUCCGAAAACUUUUUUCCUUUUAGAAUAAGGUCAUUUUGUUUCAAAAACGUCCUGUUAAGUCGGAAUUCUGCCC